GGAGGAGGAGGAGGCGGAGGCGGAGGAUGGAACAUUGCUGAUGCUGAUGCGAGAGCUUUCGGUGUCUGUGAUCAACAUCGGCGGACGGACUGGCAAACGAUGGAGUCGUCUGGUCGCGUUUGAGACCGUCUCUGCUCCGUGACGGUUUUUGACACCGGACGCUGACGCGGAUGUGCGUUUGAGGCGAGAGCCAAAGGGGGGAUUCGAGGAGGAGAGGACGGUCCCGUCUCGUCUCGCCUCUCGCCUGGCCUGCCGUGUGAGUGACACAGGUGGAUUGCAGCUGGAUUCGGCCUCGGAGUGAAGACACAAUCUCGGACUAUCGGAGAGGUUUUACCUAUUACAGCUGCCGCUUAACUGGUGUAGUAUCGAGGCUGGGUUCGGAUUCGGGUAGAUGUGCGGGUUAGCAGGGGAGCCGUUGGGCUUGUUCGCUAGCUAAUAGGCUAAUUUCGCUAGCUAGUCGGUUAGCAGCCGUCUUGACCAAUGGCACGAAAGAAGUGGGAUGCUGGAAGGAGGAGUUAGCGCUAGUUGCUAGCAUAAAUUCAUCCGAGCGGAGUCUGCCGCUGGUAUAAUUAUCAACUCGCGGCGUAAUGCUACGCUAAGCAUCAACGUCUCCGCUCGAGGUUCGUCCGGGUCCGAGCGCACGUCGGCGCUUCGCUUCCUCGCUUCGGCUCCCGCAAAUUAGCUCGCGAUGGAAGCGAUUAGAUAGUCGGCUAAGAAAGCUAAUGUUGACAAACAUUAACGCGUUAAUUCCCAUCGCUUGUGACGCUUCUGUUUAGCUUAUCGUUUCGAAACGUUAUUUCGGGGCUUUGAGGCUUUUUUCGGGCAGGAGCGAAGCAUGCUGACGUCGGAUGUACCGAAGUUGGCACCGAGCAGCAAAGGACCUGCCGAGCCAGAAAACAACAUAGUGAGUUGAAAUGCAUUUACCUCAGAGCAGGCGUCACUAGAGCUAAAGACGUUUAUUGCGGUACAAAUCCAGUUUCUGAAUCCGGACGUUUUUAGAAUUGGCUCCGGUACAUUUUAUGACGCCUGGCAGCACUUUAAACACAAGAGCACAACAAUAAUCGGAGAAUUUUGAGUCAUUUUUUUUUGAGAUUGAACUGAAAAUGUCUAGUGCCAUUUAAACAUGGCAAUAAAGCCGAUGAAGUGGAUCAUCAGUGAGAUAAGACCUAAUUCCACCUUCCAUAAGUUUUGAGAGGAGGAGCUGCCGGUCCAAAUGGAAGCGACGGUCCUGUCUGGCCCUCUGGGGCACAUUCAGUGGGAGUCCGACCAGCCAUUUCCUGUUGGAUUUCAUACACUGGAUUCAGACAAUGGAGGUGUGCUCUGUCAAAACAAGGGUGACCAGACAGGUUUAGACUUCAGGCAUCAAUCCCAGCUAAACGAGGAUGGGAAUGUUUUCCAGGACAAGCUGGUGGAGCUGGACAACCUCAUAAAUAUGUCUGAUCUGACGCGUGGCGAUUUGAGGUUCAAGGAGGAUUCCCGGGCGUCUCGCCGUAGCGUUCACAUCGAGGGAACAGGUGAAAACGUUGAUAGCACCUUGGCGUGGCUUUUUUCUUCCAGCGUCACUGAUGACUCUUCCCACGAGGAACCAAGUCCUGCGCAGGAGGCCUCUCUUGAGACGGGAAAUGCCCACAGUGCUGAGGCUGAGUUAAUUGGUCUCAGCGAACCUGUCUCCACAUCAAAUCUUUCUGAAGGAAAUUCCAAGAUUAACACAGAGGAUCCUCUCUUAUUGGUAGAUCUGUUCUCAAGUAAACCCCUUUGUCUCCCUCUAGAAUCUGCAGGUGAGUUAAAUUCACCAGGUAUCAGCGAGGAGCUGGUCGACCUGUCACAAGACAAGCAGGCAGACCUCCCUCCGCCCCAGGACGGGCAGACGUUGUCACCUGAGAGCGGAGACAACGGUUUAUUCCCCGAUCAAGUGACCGAUCUGCUCGUAACCUGUAGCACUACCCUGCCAGGUUCACCCGAGAGCCGCCUCCCGCACAACCAUGUCAGCACGCCGCUGGAGCGUUCAGAAGGAUCUGUGCCUUUGCUGGAUUUAGAGAUUCCAGAUUAUGACAGCAGUCUGAGCCUGUGCCCUGCCAGUGCCGCCUCCGUUUUCAGUACAGGUGCGCCCUCGCAUUCAUCAACGGAGCAGUCAGACGUGGACCAUGUAGGAGCUGCUGUAACUACAAAUCUGACUUUAGAGCAACAAGGUGAGAAUGACUCAGUUGUUCUGGCUUUGCCAUCGGAAUCUUGUUCAUCACGGACGGUGCCUGAGGUCAGAGAUGCCAUCAUCCAGGGUGAAUUCAUCAGCGAUGGCUGCUCUGUGGAGCAAGUUCCUGUGGAUUUGAUCAAAGACGAGCUUUGUUCAGAGGUAAAAAAUCACAGGAAUGAGGCAAUGGCUUUAGAUCUGUGUCCGACCGCUGAGGCCUGCGGUGAGGACACCUGGGACUUGAAGCCACGGGAGGAUGUGCAGAAUGAAAGUGUUCCCGAUCAGACAAUCAAGAGGGAAGAAGACCGGUUGACGGACACUCACCAGGUGAAGGAAUCUGACUGCCAUGAGGUGGCUUCGUUUGAGUUUUCACUUCAGGAAUUAAGCACUUCAGAGGCUGUGUGGACUAGUGAGCAAACGGAGACACUAUCCUGCUCUAAGAUGGUGGUAGAUGACUCAUUGCCAUUAGUUUCCACCGUGAAUAGAAGGGAAGAAGACGUCUCGCCACUAAAAGCUGUGUUCGACGCUUUGGACCAAGAUGGAGAUGGCUUCGUUCGUAUCGAGGAGUUCAUGGAGUUUGCUGCUGCAUAUGGGGCUGAUCAGGUGAAGGAUCUGACAAAGUUUUUGGAUCCCAGUGGCCUGGGCGUGAUCAGCUUUGAAGACUUUCAUCGUGGAAUCUCUGCAAUUAGCAAUGGAGGUCCGGAGCCACAGCUGUACAGUGUAAACUACAGUCCAGGGGACGGAGCCGUGGGCUGUCCGGAGGAGUACGACGAGCAAAAUGAGGUGACUGACAGCGCAUACCUGGGCUCUGAGAGUACCUACAGCGAGUGCGAGACCUUCACUGACGAGGACACGGGGGCACUCGUACCCCCCGAGAUGCAUGAGGAUGUGGAGACGGACAGUGGCAUCGAGGCCACCCUGCAUGACCCUGAAGACAGCAGCAAUAGGUUUUCCUUGAACUCUGAGCUCCACAGCCACUCUCUGGUGACGGUCAUCGGUGGAGAGGAGGAGCACUUCGAGGACUUUGGGGAAAGUAACACGUCCGAGUUGCUGGUGGAGAGCAGCGUGGAGGGGACAGAGGGGGAGGGCGACUCCCCUGACGGGCCUCCGCCUGAGCAUGUGAAUGGCUCCUCACUGCUCUCUCCUAGCGCACCUGCUCCUCUCCCUGAUUGCUUUCAGAGCUUCCUCAGGGAGGAGGCGCUGGACUUUUUCUGUAGCCAGUGUCACAAACAAAUAAGUCGUCUCGAGGACCUCUCCACUCGGCUCAAUUUCCUUGAGAUGACUAGUGCUGGCAAGAGACUGUCCAGUAAGAAAGUGGCACGACAUCUUCUCCAGAACAGCUCAAUGACUCUGGACACCAUGAGUGACUUAACACGGGACAUCCUGGAACUCGCGGACAAUGACAUCACCGACAAGGUGCUCCUGCUUGAGCGCCGGGUAGCGCAGCUGGAGAAGGAGUCUGAGGCCUCGGGGGAGCAGCACACGCGUCUGCGCCAGGAGAACCUGCAGCUGGUGCACCGGGCCAACGCACUGGAGGAGCAACUGAAGGAGCAAGAGCUCUACGCUGAUGAGCAGCUGCAGCAGGAGACCCGACGCCACAAAGAGGCGUUGAGCAAGCUGGAGAGGGAGAGAGGGCUGGAGCUGGAAAACCUGCAGGCCAGGCUUCAGCAGCUGGAUGAGGAGAACAGUGAGCUGAGGUCCUGUGUUCCCUGUUUGCGAGCAAACAUAGAGAGACUAGAAGAGGAGAAGAGGAAACUACAGGAUGAAACAGAAGCCAUGUCUGACAGGUUACAGGAGGAGAUGGAAUCACGCAAAAAGAUGGCUGAUAAGCUGAGCCACGAACGGCACCAGAAUCACAAGGAGAAGGAGUGUACUCAGGAGCUUAUCGAAGAUCUGCGCAAACAGCUGGAACACCUACAGCUGUACAAGCUGGAGGCUGAGGCAAAGAGGGGGCGAUCGCCUGGGGCAGGGUUGCAGGAAUACCAGACACGCACCCGUGAAGCUGAGCUGGAGCAAGAGAUCAAACGACUCAAACAGGACAAUCGCAGCCUGAAGGAGCAGAAUGAUGAGUUAAACGGCCAGAUUAUCAACCUGAGCAUCCAGGGAGCCAAGACCCUGAUGUCGGCGUCUUUCUCCGACUCCCUGGCAGCUGAGAUCAGCUCGGUGUCUCGUGCCGAGCUUAUGGAAACUGUCCACAAACAGGAGGAGAUUAACUACAGACUCCAGGAUUACAUUGACAAAAUCAUUGUGGCCAUCAUGGAGUCCAACCCCUCCAUCCUGGAGGUGAAAUAGAUGCACUGCAGCUAGAGGGCCAUGCACAGUGGCUUAAACAAGCCUACCAGGAGGAUGUAAAAAUAUCCAGUCCAUCGUUUUGGUAGAAAAAAAAAAAAACUAAGACGCACCCCACUCAUUCAACAUCCUGAUGUUCAUGUCUGUCAGUGAAAUAUAAGCUAUUUUUAGUUCGAUAUACUUUGCUCUUAUAGCAUACUGUAUGUGAGCACUUGUGUGUGUUAUUUCUUCUAAAGGCACUUGGGUUCUGGUGAUGUCCAUGUAUUUGGCUAGAGGGACCUGAGUUUUCUGUGUUGAGUGGAUGAAUGUGUAGAUGUGUACCAGAAGUCAGUAUAAUUUAGAGCCCCCCCCCCUCUGGUUUGAUCUGAUGAGAUACCUAAAGGCCUUAAAGGAAAGGUGAUCUAAAAUGUACAUACAUGCAUCCAUGCUUCAGUUCUGUCACUGGCAUGGUAACUGGGUCGUGGUCUCCUGAACCGGGCUGAGUAGUGUUUUAAUGAAAGUGACAAAGUCAUAUGAAGCUCUGGUCAGGAUAGAUUAGUCUGCUGUGCUGCAACCAGCAUCAACAACAGUGUGUUCUAUCCCUAAAUCCAGUAACACGUCUUUCCAGUGAACCCAGGUGAAGGACAUUUCGAGAUGAGGAGAAAUGCCUGGAGGGUUUGUUUGUGUGUGUGUGUGUGUGUGUGUGUGUGUGUGUGUGUGUGUGUGUGUGUGUGUGUGUGUGUGUGUGUGUGUGUGUGUGUGUGUGUGUGUGUGUGUGUGUGUGUGUGUGUGUGUGUGUCUGUGUGUGUGUCUGUGUGUGUGUCUGUGUGUGUGUCUGUGUGUGUGUCUGUGUGACGUGCUGCUCUGUAAAACAUUAGGGUUUUUAAAAGAGCUUGUGACACAAUAUUUCCAUGUGUUGUUUUUUUUUUGUUGUUUUGAGAUGAAGCAAUGGUCUUGGCGCUCAGGUUGGCUGGAAACCUCUCCCUCUGAGGAGUGUUUGAUACUGUAAGUCAAACAUAUCUCACAAAGUAGACUGACUGGAACUGACGAAACUAUCAAACUGAGUUAAAUGAAGGGAAACCAAUGAGUUCUGGUAUCUAGUUUCAUUGGUACAGCCCACCUGAGCCCAAUGUUCUCUUGCUGAAUGACUCCAGGCUACCAAGCCUUUCUGUGAUUUUUAUUAUCACCAAAAAUGUUGUUGAUGCUGACAAAUGUUCAAAUUUGACAGGUGUAUGUGAAGAAUCAAAUGCUUGUAUUUUGCACUACGUUUUGUUUUGACUUUUGUGUUGUUUUCAUGAUAGACAACGUUUUGUGAAGGGAUGAACCUUAAAAUGGAAGAUAAACUUGUGAAGGUACACUAAUAUCGGAAGUACUGAAGGAAGGUGUAAUCGGCAGCCACGCCUCAAGCGUUUUCAUUUCACGGUGGUUUUAGCCUCUGUUGCGCCGGCUAGUGGUCUGAUUCUUCUUGAUCCAAGCCUGAUCUGCAGAUGUAAUACUGGAAAACGGGGCAGGCUUUGGUAGCAAUAACGGUAAACGGUGAAGGGCAGAACAAAAGCGAACCUGCCCUCCAUUCUGCUGCUGAAGCGACAUGACUUUCUGAAUCUCUAUGGACUGGCACUGGAUGGACGCCAUGCUUCUACGUACUGUGCAGCCAAUAGUACUUUGGACAUUUCUUUCAGACUCAGAAACUGGACACAAAUGUCAGGUUCACCCUUCACACGUCCUGACGGAUUCCUGUCUGAGCUCGGGGAGGCUGCUUUUGUCCAAACAGCGUAGCGCUCUGCACCGCUAUGCUGAGAUUUUCUGUUUCUCGCCCCCUCUUCACCCUUUUAAGUCUCACUUUCUCACUGCGCUUCUUCACUCGCCACUCCCCGGGAAAAAAAAUGGCCUUGGAUGUAAAUGACUUGUAAAUGUAAACUUUUUUCUACACUCAUUCUAGAUUCUAGGUAUUUUUAUAGUCGGAAAAAGGAAGCAACAUUUCUUGUCUAAUGCUGAGAGACAGCUGCCUGUAUUCCUCUCUAGCAUGUAGCGUGUACAGCAUACGUCGGGUUAUUUCUCUCUUAACUCACAAGCAGAUAUUUAUUCAUCAUUUGACACAAACGACAACUCGCACUCUGAUCUGUUCCUUUAAAAAUAUAUUUGUACAUUUUGAGUUCACGCGGGGAGAUUAAUUCAUGGUGAAUGAGUCUGUGGGAGAAUUUAUUCACUUACUGUAAGAGACUUGUUUAAAGCAAAGUUAUAUUGUCUGAGUGACUCUUUAUUGUGCACACUAGCUUGAAUGUGACCUGCUCAGAGUGGUCAUGUGUUGAUGUCGCUGCACUCUUCCAUAAUGCUGAUACAGCUUUGACAUCUUCAGGGUUGUGAUUUUUAUGGCAGGUAUAUUGGCAUAGUUUGCAGUUUCUACAGUUGUCUUCCCAGAUGGAGUCAUGUACUGCAUGAUAACAGAUUUUUUUUUUUUUUUUAUUAUUGUAUAAUUCUGAAUCAGUUGUUUGACUUGUGUUUAGGACUGACAGACCAUGUGCUAAUAUCUGUUAGUGGAGUUGUAGAGGUUGUAAGAUCUCGUAAUGACACUACGACACGCGGCACCUAAAACCUCAUAUCCAGGCUCGCUGAGUUCAGCUUUCUGCCUUUUAGUGUGAUAGGAGGUUUAUUACUUAAUGCUUUUAGAGGAAAUGAGGGAAUUGUUUCUGCUUUACGAAGAGGAAAAUUUAUAUAACAGUUUCUUCUCUUUGCUUCAUAUUUUUGUUUGUUUUUGACAGAUUUGAUGAGUAACAUGGCUGGCAACAGAAUAUCUUGACAACAGGCGAGACCAGAGCUGAUAAAACAUUCCCUUUUCGCAGAGAUGUAGGUGAUUGCACUUUAAGCUGAUUGAGUAGGUUUGUUUUAAAAUUUAAAAAUGACCAAAGACAUUUGUUCAAACUGAUCAUUUUCUCUAUCAGGGUCCUCAAACAUACACAUGGUAACAGUUCACUGUUCUAAAGGAAACCAUGAAUUAAUGGGCUCUGCUUUCACUGAAAGAAAAAAGAAACUCACCUGUUAGUCUCAACACUGUGCCUCUGUGUCUCAAACUUUGCCUCUAAACUAACCUGAUGAUGAGCCCUGAGUAAAGCACUGACCACAUGACUGUCAGUUUGUUAAAUUAUAACGAUGAAAUCUAAACUGUAAAUAUGAAAUGUCAUUUUUGUGAACUCUCGUUUCUCUCUCACACUCACUCACUUCCACUGUCCAAAGAAAGUUUGCUCAAGGCACAAACAUCACUAUCUGAGUAGUGGAUGCUUUGCCAUUAUGUGACAUGGGAAGAUAAUGAUAAUACUGUAGAAAAGAGAAAUUGUAAAGGUAAAUUUAUUCCUAUUUUCAAAGAUAAAUGUAUAAAUUAUAACAGUAUUGGUUACAUCUGUAUAUUAUUUUUUGAAGAUCCCUAAAUGAUCGAAUUCUAAUUGUUACUGGAAAAUUAUAAUUUCAGUCAUUGUAAAAAGAGAAAAUUUAAAGGUAAACAGUGAAAGUAAGGUUAGAAAAAUAAAUGGAAUAAAAUAA